AUGUCGUCCCAGUCAUCACCGCCAUCGCGCUCCUUGUCUCGGAGCGACCUCUCCUCGUCUUUUUUGUCGACUCCCUCGUCGAUGCAGACGGCCACGCCUACAAGUGACCUUCUGGGAUUCACAUCCUCCUCGCUUAUGCCCCAGCAAUCUGGGACCCAUCCAGGGGGCUCGUGCAAUGGGCCAAGCUGCCCAAAUUCGCCGCCCCCAGCGCUCUAUCUAUACACCUUCCUCUCGACACUCGUCAUUCUUCUCCUUGUCAGCGCUGCCAUCGUCAUUAGGUCGCUAUUUCUUCGACGCCAACAGCGAAUCGCCAUCGCGAAUGGAACUUGGAUACCUCCUCCAAUGCCUUUUCCCGGGGGGACAGGGAGGCGCCGACACAACCCAUACGCGGGACUGCCCAAGCCUGUCUUAUUCGAUGUCUUUCUCGAGGCCAAUUCGGAGAAGCUCAGAGAAAGUAGAUGGAAUGGGUUGCAGCCUCUUUGUGUCGUAUCCGUUCCCCUGCAUUCCGAUUCAGUGGUUUCGCCAACUCCACUCCCCAAUGCUCCAUCUACUCUCCCACCUUCAUCGACAUCUCUAGUCCCACGCACGCUGCGAACGGCUUACCACUAUUUUUACCCACCCUCUCCACCUCCAACGCCUCCGCCCUCAGCACCACCAAUUCCCGAGCCUAAAGCGACGGAACUCUCACCGUCAGAUCCCACCGUAGUGCGACUGGGUUUGCUGGUCGCAAUGCCGUGCCCAGAACUAUCCCCUCACGAAGAGGAACUCGAGCUUCCAUAUAUCGAGUUCGGUGUUGUCCAGGUCGACGUGGCCGAUUACCAGUCCGUCGUAUCUGCAGGUAGCAAGGCCCCCAUGAUAGGGCAUGAAGCGGACGAAGAUGAGCAGGGUUGA